AUGACUUUGGUGCCUUGGAGUAUGGGUCGGCCCCUUGUCUGGGAUGCUACUUGUGUAGACACCCUGGCGCCGUCCCACAUUCCGGGCACCAAAGUUGAUGCUGGUGCGGCUGCAUCUUCAGCCGAAAACCUCAAACGUCGCAAGUAUGCUGCCCUUGGCAGUAGCUACUUGUUUGCGGCGUUUGGGGUUGAAACCCUGGGGCCGUGGGGGCCAAGUGCGCGCCGACUCCACAAGGAGAUAUCGGCGCGUCUUAUUGAGGCUUCCGGUGACCAGAGGGGUAAAAGCGGAGUUGGACUGCCCUGUUUCUACUGCAAAGACCUCUUCGACAACAUUGAAGCAUUACGCACACACCAAAAAGAACACAAGAAAAGUGACAUGAAGAAAUCUUUGAAUUCCUUUAGUCCUUAUAGUCUUGUCAUAAAUGUGGACAUAACAGACUUAAAGUGUACUUUAUGUGACGCUAGCUUAAAUACUUUAAAAGACUUAAAAAGUCACUUAGAAACAAAACAUAGUAAAAAGUUUUACACUGAGUACGAAGACAGAGUAAUGCCAUUCAAAGUACCCAUGGAUAAUAAUUAUAUUUGCCAAAUAUGUGGUCUAAAGUUGGAGAAUUUAGGAACAAUGGAAAGACAUAUGAACGGACAUUAUAGAAAUUAUAUUUGUGAUGAGUGCGGUACGGGAUUUGUAACUAGCUAUAGAUUAAGAAUGCAUAUUAAAACUAUGCAUGUCGAAGGUAGUUUCCAAUGUGAAACUUGUAAUAAGGUGUUUUCAUCGCAACUGAAGCUUAAAAGCCAUAUAGAUACAGUGCAUAAUAUGGUAAAGCGCUUUAAAUGUACUAAAUGUUCAGAGCGGUUCACCGGUUAUUUUAAGCGACAUCAACAUUUAGUUGCGAUACAUGGUGAAGCAGAAUUAGAAUAUAAAUGUAAUGUUUGUGACAAAGUAUAUGCAAGAAGAUACAUGUUAUCUCGACAUAUGAAGCGAGACCAUUUGGAAGAGCGUUAUUUUCAAUGUGAGAUAUGUUCUAAUAAAUUCUUUGCUAGGCGAGAUUUGGAAUCGCAUAUGGUUAAGCAUAAUGGGGCUAGGACUUUUGAAUGUACGGUGUGUAAAAAAGCGUAUGCGCGGAAGAAAACGUUGACGGAGCAUAUGCGGAUACAUAAUAAUGAUAGGAGGUUUUCUUGUGCGGUGUGCGGGCUGGCUUUUGUACAGAAAUGCAGUUUGAAAGGGCAUAUGAAGAAUAGAAUAGAAUAGAAAACGUUUAUUGUA